AUGAUAGAUUUGGGAUUUGUAGGGCAGAGAUUCACAUGGUGUCACCACCAAGUUCAUGAACGAAUUGAUAGGGCUUUAGCUAAUGAGGCGUGGAGGUUGGUUUCCACAGAUAUUCUUGUGGCACACCUCCCUAGAGUGGCAUCCGACCAUUCGCCUUUGUUAAUAAGAAUCAAGCCAGUAGAUGCAGGGCUCCCUGUACAGAAGAAGUUCAAAUAUCUGGCGGCUUGGGAAUCGCAUCAAGAUUGGCAGCAGUGGUUAAGGGACAAGUGGUGUGAUAGUCUGGCACUUCCAGGUGCACAGUAG